GAUUUUUAGUACAUUCUGUGAAUUGACAAAUGAACACUCAAAUAUGGCCGUCGUAUGGCCGUGCAUCGCGUACUUCUGACGUUUGUAAAGUUUUUUGUCCACAUGAUGGAAAAUGGAGAGUGAGCUUGGAAUAAACUCAGAAAACGUGUUAAAUACCAACUGUUUGCCGGGUAAAGUGAAAUCAGAUGAAAUAAUGGCUGCUGGUUGCCAAGAAUCGGCUCCACUGGUUGAUGGCGAAACAGUUCAACAAACUGAACAGGCAUCGGCGGCGCCAGUCGUUGCGGAAGCCGCGCGUGUUGACUUGACAGACGCCGCAUCGGUGGCUGUUGUCGCGGAUAGCAGCGCAAAUAAUGUUAAUUUGGUGCAGUCGUUGGAAAACGAAAAGAAUGAACUUCAACCUGAGGAGUCCAAAGUGCCGUCAUCGCCGGGUCUUGAACUGCAUUCUGGAGACAAAAGUGCACGUGAAACGCAAGAGGCUGGCUCUUCAAAUGCCCAGAUAUCGGAGAAAUCGGACUCGUCGAACUCGGAGGAACUUCUAGCACAAGACACCACUCACACGGCCGAAAUAGCAGUAGAGGAUGAAGAUGAACCGGAAGAAAUUCCUGAUGAAGAGUCGGAGAUGUCGGGAAAUGGGAGUGAGAACGUAGCGAGCGAAGACGACGACGUAGAUCAGGAUCAGGACAUGGACGAAGAUUCGCAGGAGGCGGUAGAUGGAGAGCAUGACGACGUGGAAGAUGUCUCAGGUUCGGACGCUUCUCAAGCUGAAGAGGAGGAUGAAGCCGAAGAGGAAGCAGAAGAUUAUGAUUCAGAGGAGGGACAGGAAGAGGAUGGUCCCGAUGAGAAUGGUGGAGCAGUUGAGGAUGAAGAUGAUGACGAUGUUGCUGUUAUAUCAGACACAACAGAAGACGAUGACGAGGAAGAACUAGAUGAGGAAGAGCAUGACAGGGAUAACCACGAAUCCUAUAAAGUUUGUGAACAAAUAUACGACAGUGAUGAGGAAAGUGAGUUGAGUGAAGUGCAAGAAGAAUGUGAUGAAGACGAUCUAAUGGAUGAUGUUGUGAUUUCGCGUCGACCCGAUAAAGACAAAGUGAAGCUUCCCAGAAGUCAGCAUAGCAGAGUGAAGGAGUUGGAGGCCAAAUUUAAAAGGGGGAAAGUUGUAAAGCGCAAACGACAGUAUGAUUGGCGAGUGAAAUUGAAGAAAAAGAGCGUUACGCGAUUAAACAAAUCGGAAAUGCGAAAUGAUUCAGAAGCUCAUAGGGACGUCAACGCUCUCAGCUACAUGAUAUCAAACGUGGCAUCAGAACCAAAAAGUAGUAAAUCAUCCAUCGACAGUUCUCCACCAUUCAUAAUUUCUCAAAUAGAAUCUGUUUCUGAUGAAAUAAUAUCAACUAAUAAUUCCAAAUCUGAAGCGCAUUUAAACGAGGGCAAACUAGAAGCCUCCAAUAUGCAACAAAUCAACAAAAUUCAAGAUUGUAUCAAAAGAUCUUCUGAAGAGGAAUGUCACGAAGUCAUCAAACAAGAUGCCACCCGUCAAAAUCAGCAAGACAUCCUCCAGCAGCCUCCUGUCUCUGAUGAGAAUAAUAAGGAGAAUAUCGGUAACAAUGAAAAGAAAGAGUUGAACUUAUCCAAAGUGAAUGGCGCCCCUAUCGCUGAUGCUACCCCCAGUCAUGCUCUACGUCCAGCUGUGAGUAAGGAUGUUGUGAAUGUUUACGAAUCGGAUGAAAUGGAAGUAAUGGAAAUUUCGGAUGAACUAUCAGGAGAAUUAUCGUCUAUUCGAGAGAACGCGACUGUAAUUGAAACGAAAGCGAAGGAUUCCAUAGGGGAUAGAAUCAUGGAAAACAAUGCAUGUGAUAUAAAACUAGAAGUCGAUGAUCAGGAAGAUAAAGAAGACGAUAAUGGACGAGCAAUCAGAGAAAAAGACACCGAGAUUGAUGGAAACAAUACCCAAAUUGAUAAUAAGGAAACCUUAUGUCCCAGUUCGACACCAAAAGAAGAUCAGCAACUAAAACAAUCAGAUGACUUGCCAAAGACAAAUUCGCCAAAAUUAGACGCUGACACGAAUGUGAUUGAGACACCAACAAAAGUCGAAAGGCCUAAAUCUCCACCUGCUCCUGCUACCUACACACCCACGCCACAAUCGGAGCAAAUAGGCAAGCGAUCUCGAUCCCCGCCUCCUGAAACAAACCAAUCAAGUUCCGAAGAUAUCCAUCCCGCCAAAAAACUGAAAACCCAAAUAGAUUCCAAUUUCAUCACUCAUGAUCAAAUUUUGAAUGAAUACAUUGAAAGAACAUCGAACAACUCCCUAGAUGACAUUCAAAAACAUUUAGGUCAACUCAUUGUAGAAAUACAAACAUUGAAUGACAUGAUAAAAACUAAAGAGAUGGAAUGGAACAAUUUGCUGCAUUUAAAGAAGGUUAAGGAAGAGAUUUGCCUUCGUUUGACACGCAAAAAACAAGUCAUGGAAAUAAUGUCAACGAAAAUAGGUCAAGUGAGUUCGGGAGGUGGUGACACAAAUUUAUUGGCAUCGUAUAUGGAAAACCUAAACAAUUUCACAUCAGAUAUUGGAAACAGCAAGCUUUUGUCGAGUGCCAUUUCAGCCGCCACGGGAACGUUAGCGGUUACAACAAUCGCACCGGUCGCCUCGACACCUUUAUCAGUCUCCAAAUCAUUAUCAGCAGCAGCAACAUCAUCCACUCCAAACAAUGUCACGCUAGCGACAUUUUCAAAUCAUGCAAACGUUACUGCCAAUAUACUAAAUAAUUUAAGUAAUAUAAGUGCGAUCUCAGUGAGUGGUGUUCAAACACAACAGCAAAGUUUAAAUGCACCGUGUGGAAAUUCAAUUGUUCAAAAUAUCCUACAAAAUCGUGCCAAUAUGAAAAGUUCAGAUUUGGUGAAGGAGAAAGCAACAACACAACGGUUACAUCGCAUUCUUGUUUCUAGAAAUAUUUUGCCUAAACCAUCAACGAUCACCGCCGCAACAGCGACAGCAACAAAUGGUGAUUCUUCCUCUAAUAGUAUUGGCCUAUCUCUCCUCAAAUCUUCUGCCACUGUUACGGCCACACCGUUGAAUGCAACAAACAAUAUCUCUCAUUCCUCGUUUUCGCUUGGUGGCUCCAAUUUACCUAUAAAUCUGACAAACUCGACCAACACUGGCCAAAAGGUAACUGAGAGUGAACAACAACCCAUCCUAAACAACUAUCUAACGGCUACAGCUACCAUUCAGAGGCAGCUUGGAGAGAUGCUAAAUGGCCAUCAUCAUUUUCGGACCACGCAAGAGCAGACCGGUGGCAUAAAUGGCGCACAACCAAUAGGGAUUGGACGCCAGGGUGUGUUCAAAGACGUGAAAAGCAUUAUUGCAGAUUAUCGGCAAAAGCAUCCCGAAGCAGUACCCCGACGUGGUCGGAGAGUCAAGACGUCUGCAGGAAAUCAAGGUGAUGCGUCAACUAUUUUAGGGAACGUGCUUAAAACGGAGAGCAGAGGCUCAACUGAUUUGGGAGCACUUUUAGCCAGAGUGGAUGGUAAUUCUCGUCCGUCAAGCAAUGAUUCCUCCCAUAGCCUGACAAAUCCACUAACCGCCAACGUAGCAGGCGGCAAUGUGUCGUUCAAGGAUGUCCUCAUACAAUUUGCAAAGUUGAAUGAACAAAGUGCAAACGGACGGUCUACCAAUUUAAAAACUCCAAACGCAUCUGGACAUUCAAAUCCAUCAAACCCGUCUUUCCCAGAAGUCACUUUACAUCCGGUGACAACAGUACACUCCUCAAUAGAACAAGGCGGUAGUUCACUUCUCCAUGGAAUUUUAACAAAAUCCAACCGGCAAAAUGCAACUCCUCCAUCUGCAUUAGUUCCCAGCAGUACAACGUCUACUACAAACUAUAAUAGCUCCUUCUCACCAACACUGGCAAGAUUACUAACAGCCCCCGAGCGUAUAACAUCGGCCACACAUCCAUUACUUCCCACGUAUCAUCAGCAAACAUCCACAGGUGGUGGCAUCAAUGCCAACACUUUGAAUAUUUCCAAAAUGGUGUCUGGACACAAUAGUGAAAUUACUAUAACGCCAGUUGUUUCGUCGCAACAAGUACCGACACUUUUGCAACAGCAGCUAGAGCAACAACAGCAACAAAUCUCAUUGAAACGGGAGCGAAUAAAGCUGGAGAAUUUGUUGAACGCGAAAGAUGAUGAGGCAGACGAUAGUAUUGAUCGAUUAGUUAUCGACGAAGGAGGCGAUUCAUCAGUGGGAGCUGAAGAUAAUCUUCGAAUUGCACCAAAUGCAUAUGGUUUAGAAUUUAAUGAGAAUGAAGUACCUGCGUGUCAGGGAUGCAAGAAAAAUGAGGCCCAAUUUGUAUGUGCUGGAUGCGCUAAUCAAUUAUACUGUAGCAGAGAAUGUCAGGUGGCAGCAUGGGAUGAACAUUCGGAAGUUUGUACCGGUUAAGUGAAAAAACAGCUGCAUUAAGUAAAACAAAGUGUAGCAAGAAUAAAUGGGAGACUGAAGUGUGUGUGGGGGGUAUAUAAUAUUGUCAUAAACUAUUUUUAUUCUAUUGUAUAUAAUUAUUUUUAUUUUAUUUUGAAAAUCAAAGCAGAUUAUUCAUUUGUCCAUAUUAUAAUCAGCAACAUGGAAGAUAAUAUAGAUGAAUCCAAAGUGAUAAGUUUUAUUUGUUUAAAGAACGUUAGAUAAUUUCAAUUGAUUCUUUAUUUUAUGGUGUUUUUAUUAGUCUUGGCUAAAACUGCAGAAAUAAAGAAAAACGCGAGCAGAGUGAUGUGUAAAGAA